AUGCCAUCAGACGUAGGCUCACAGCGAGCAGGAAUAUUCCUUCGUGAAUUCAUCUGUCUCGAAGGGAGAUGUGGCCAAGCCGGCACUCAGUCUUGCUUGGAAUGUAAUCGUCCCAGCCCAGAGUACCAGUGUGAAGACUGCUUAGGGUCAGAGCUUUAUUGCACAACUUGCAUCUUGUCGGCCCAUGUGCGCCACCCACUUCACCGAUUGCAGAGGUGGAACAGUCAAUACUUCGAGCAAACCUCACUGAAAACCCUGGGCCUUCGCAUCCAGCUUGGCCACACCACUGGCCAGAAAUGUCUUAAUCCUCAGCGUGCAUUUAAUGAUGAUUUUGUCAUUGUCGACACCCGCGGUAUCCAUGAAGUGGCCCUUGACUUCUGCAAUUGUGCAACAGCCGAAAGCCACGUGCAGCAGCUGCUUAGAAUAUCCUGGUUUCCUUCGACAACAUCAGAUCCAAAAAUGGCCGCAACGUUCUCUGUUCUUGAGCAAUACCACUUACUCUCUUUCGAGUCAAAAAUAUCUACAUAUGAGUUUUAUCACGCGCUCAGGCGGAUGUCCGAUAACACUGGCCUACUUCCUGUCAAGGAUCGAUACGAGUCGUUUUUGCGAAUGAUACACGAGUGGCGCCACUUGAAGAUGCUUAAGCGUUCGGGGCGAGGUCACGAGGCUAGUGGUAUAGAUGGGACAGCUGAGGGUGAAUGUGCCAUAUUGUGCCCAGCGUGCCCACACCCAGGGAAGAACCUUCCAGCGGAUUGGAAAGAUGCCCCUCGACAGUGGUUAUGCGGAUUAUUCCUCGCGAUUGAUGCAAAUUUCUGGUUAAAACGCAAGGCUGUCUCAAAUGACAAUGUUGACCCAAGCCUGAGUCGUGGCUGGGGUUAUUUCGUGGAGGAAGAUGCUUAUAAAGGCUUCUUGCAUGACAGUGCAGACAGCAUCCAAGAGAAAUCAACGUGUUCAAGUCACGCCGCUGUAAACAUGGCUGAUACAAAAUCUAACCGCGGACUCGCCAUUACUGGUUUAGGUACAAUCGAUUGUGCUCGCCACAACAUGAAAAGGCCUAAUGCAGUGGGGGAUCUCCAAAAGGUUGACAAUCUAAUGCGGGCACAUAGAUAUAUUAAUAUGGACUAUCUAUUCUUCUCAACACUUCGCCAUACCAUACUCGACACUCUCAACGUAUCCUAUGAUAUCGCGUGCCAGUGGCACAAAAGAUUAUGGCACUGUAUGAGUGCCUUUCUGUUUUCAAUGCACCUCUCGCAUACCGUCAAGACCGUCUCAUUUUUUGUGCCCAAGUUCCACCUACCCGCUCAUAUUGAGCAGUGCCAAACCUCCUUCUCAUUCAAUUUCAAGAGCGGGGUAGGAAGGACCGACGGAGAAGCGCCAGAACAUGGCUGGGCUAAUAUUAACCCUGUCGCUUCAAGCACGAAAGAAAUGGGUCCUGGUGCACGGCGAGACACCCUUGACGACUACUUCAUGAAGGAUGCAUUGCCGGAGCGAGAGAACCAUCGUGAAGCAUUUGAGGACCUUGAUGAUGGCUUGCGAGGCGAAUACGGUGCCACCCUCGAACAGUGGAGAGAACAGGUGGAGGCUUGGGAGCAAAAUAAGGAGGACCAGAUUGACCUUCAAACAGGGACUUACCUUGCCCUACAUGAGGAUUGCACUCCCAGUGUAUUAAUCAGCACUGGCUUAGAACUCGAGGAACAACAACGGCGAAUGAAAGCAGACAGAGCUGGCCUCGGAGUCCAUGCGACGGACAAUCAAGAAGGAAAGAUGCUUCAGCGAAGCAACACUCUCCAACGGAGGAUUGACGCCUGGGGGAAAAUGCAGGAACUAUACAUGCCGUUUCUCGCUACACUACGUGCGAGCAAGGCCUCAGUAUCUAAGAAUGUGGCCGCUGCACCAGAAGCCAUCAAGUUGUGGCUGCCGUCCCAUAUUAGCAGGACCUCUCCUUGUGACACCCGUCUCCAAGCCAUUGAAUGGAAGCUGCGGUAUGGGCAAGCUCACGACGCCCUCCGUUCUCUAUGUUCGAACUUACGUGCUCUGACUGCGAUCCUCAAGUAUAAGGAUCGGCACCUUCGUGGGCAAGGAGCGAACACGCGGGCACAGAAUACAUUGAAAGCCGUUGAAGCAAGGAUCGAGGCCGCUGCCAGCACUUACGAGCAUGCACGUAAAUCCCUCGUUGUUCUUGCACCACGAGUGAAUCAGACCCAGUCCGGGUGGCACUCGUCACUGCGGCCGCUAGACCGAGCUGACAUCCGCUCGAUGACAGACAUACUAUGGGGAGAAUCGGAGGGAACGAGAAAGCUGUCAUGGAUUUGGAGUAUGCGGGGAGCAGCUCCCAAUGAGAUGGACAAUGAAAAUACCUUGGAAGACAUGCGAAUAGAGUGGUGCAAAGCCUGGGCACGGGCGAUGUGCUGGGCAGAAGAGGUGGAAUUGUUGAAGGAGGAGAUGCGAAGGAUUCUGCAGUUUUUUGAGUGGGAUGCGCAGCGCUGGGACGAGCGGGGCCUGGGAAACGCACUACAACUUGACGAUGCAGAUCAACACGAGGGACAGAUGGCGUGUGCCAAACGUCAAGCCGUUUUACGUCGAAUGCUUGCCGAGUCUUUCAAGACCAGCUGGGCUGACACCCUGGCUCUGGUGGACACAUUCGAAGACAUGGACUUAAGCACAUAAACCUUAGUUAGAAUUU